AUGUCAUGCGUGAUCAAUUUAAUGUAUCGCUUCGCAUUUAGGUACUAUGAUCCAACAAGCGAUGGCUUCUAUUACGAGAAUAUGGGCUCACGAGGUUGGCGAAGACGUAUGCCUGUGAAUGCCCAAAAACGAACUCGUAUGGAACAGGAGAUGUACGCUACGUUCUUAAGAGAUCCAUCACAAUUCGCGUGCUUACAACCCGAUCUGUACGGUUUCUUACCACAAGUUACUACAGCCAAUGCUGCGGCUGCAUAUUAUGCUGGUCCACAAAUCAAAUACUAUGAUCCGGCUAGCGAUGGCUAUUACUUCGAGAUGCCAUCAGUGGAUGGCUGGAAACGAAGACAACCGAAUUCAUCGUCAACAUCCAGUUCGAGCUCAGCCUCAGGAUCUUCAUCGUCUAGCGGCGCUACGGCAGGAGUGGUUCCAACAAUAGCCGCUGCCUUCUUGAAUUGUUUAAACGGCACAGACUUUCCACGUGGUGCGCAAUUCCUUCACCAUCAUCAUGCCGCACACCAACAAGAACCUCAAGUCACAUCAUACGGUGCUGCAUUGGCAAGGGGACAACUACCACCAGCCUAUAAGUUGGCCGAUAGUGCAGUAUGUAAUCAGGAUCCAUUCUCAAGCGGAGCGUCCUCGAUGUCCACGCUGUCCUCGCUGAGUGAAGGCACACCAACGCCUCCACCGCAUCAUCGCCUAAAUACGCUAUCGUCAAAUGGUCGUAAUGACUCGUCGAUAUUCUACGAUGACGACAACAACUACAUCGACUAUGUGGCCGAACAGUGCGAUCGUGCACUGCAACUGGACGAUAUGACGAACGAAGAUGACAGCGAGUGUUGUAUCGAUGAAUCGGUUCACUUGCCAUCGUGCUUGUUCGAUAGACCGGAAUCACCUGAAACGUUUGCCGCCGCCUCAUCGUGUGAUACCGACGAUGUCGAAAAUACACCACCGAAUAAGGAAUCACUCGACUUAAAAAGACCUGGCACAUUGGAUUUGAAUGCAGUGUCGUCAUCGAGUGAGAUCAGCGAUAAAAUUGAAGAAAAUGAAACGAACAAAAUGGCCGAUGAAACAAAAUCGAGCAGCAAACGUCAUGAGCUCUUGUUGAAUUUCAAUGCUGACAAAUUCAUCGCUGAUAUGGCUCAUUAUGGAUCCAACGUUGAAAGAGUUCUACGAGAUUUAGCCGCUCUCAAAACGCCAGUAACACCUGCUACAACAUCAACAGCAGCCGCUAUAACAACACCUAUUUGUAACUUGGACUCACCGCGCACACCGGCCAUCUAUAGUGCUUAUCCGAAUUGGGCGAGAGCUCCGGAUAUGGCCACAUCGAACGUCUGCAAUGACUGUGUUAUUGCUGAUUUCAAUUACAGGUGGCUUCGCGAUACGACGAACGGUACGUACAUUGAGGAUAUUUGGUCAGAAAGUGACGCUUCAACUGCAUAUUCGAGUACCAAAUCAAAGUUGAGCAUAUGGCGCGAUUCCGGGCUGUUGACGGCCGUACCAUGUGACAACAACUGA